CGUGAACAGAUCAGACUAGCACUUUUUUCAACUUGUGUGUGGACGUCAUUGCGGCCAGAUGCGGCCGGGCGUGGUCGUAAAAGGGGUCAGAUAUAUUAAAAAAUACCCUUGUGGGAGUAUCCCCUAAUCACACACACACACACACACACACACACACAGAGAGAGAGAGAGAGAGAGAGAGAGAGAGAGAGAGAGAGAGAGAGAGAGAGAGAGAGAGAGAGAUGGAAGAGCUUCUUGUAAAACUGAGCUCUUCGGCGUGGGGAAAUGUUGACAGAGAUCGUCGUCUUGGUGGCUGGCUGUUGACAUGGCCAUUUCCGCCAUCGCCAAUUCCAAUGAAGGUUGCAUGCGGCCGUUACCCCGGCAGCUCCUUCUUCAUCUUUAGCUUGUUAGGCAUCUGUGUGACCCUCCAUGGACUUGUGGGGACAGUGGCAUCACUUUCACCAGUCGAGAUGAAACUAGGCUCUGCCUUGAUGAAUCCUAAGGUACCCUUCUUCAAGCUAAAGGAGGACUUGGUACUUAACCAAUCCUUGCCGCCCAUUCGAGACAAGGUGAUGGGCAAAAUGGUAAUUGUGGGGGACUGUCCAGGAGGGCGUCCUUGCAGAAUCGAUGGCGGCGGUCGAUUCCGAGGGUUUGUGGGGCAAAGCAACCUAAAGCUAGUGAAUCUUGAGCUCGCAAACUUCUUCUUUGACACAACGGACACUUGGGAGAACGGGGGGGCAGCAGUGAACAUAAGGGGGGCGGACAAGCUGGUAAUUAAAGGGUGCAUUUUCCGGGGCAAUUCGGUAACAGGAGGGGGAGGUGGGGCUAUUUCUGUGGACGAGACGGUUAUCCUAAUCGACCACAGCUUGUUCGUUGGGAAUACGGCGCAUGGAGGGGGGGGAGGGGCAAUCCUGGCAGACUCUUUCUCCCAUGGACUUGUUCAAAACUCCCAUUUCCAGGGCAACAUCGCCUUUGGCAACGAGACCUGUGGGGGUGCCAUCUUAAACAGCGAGAGCACGCUGACCGGCAUCAACUGCAGCUUUGACUCUAACAUUGCCGAGCUUGGUGGGGCUGUGUGUGCGGCCGACGAGGAUGCCUCUCAGUGGAAAUUCUUCAACAGUUCUUUCAGUGGCAACCGUGCUCGAUCUCUCAAAGGGGCCGAUGUAUACUUUGGCAUAGUGGGGGUUGGUUCAGUCUUCCACAACUGCACCUUCUCCUCCUCCUCCGCCUCCUCCUCCAAUUCCUCAGACGAUGCUCCUACAGCUCCUCGUGAUCGUCGUUUCCGGCGGUCUGCCCCUGGACAGCCCAGCUGGGUGCGCCCGAGAAGCGAUGGGACAACUUUCAUAGUUCCUUCUGGGACCUCUCGUGGUUCUGCAGCUGAGUCAGACUCUGAGUCUGACUCAGCUGCAGCUACAGACACCGUUGACCGUGGCAGUUGCGUGUACGUAGAGCCGCAGACGCUGCCGGAAGUGAAGUUCAAGUUCUGUCCCUCAGUUCCAUCAUGCCUCCAGGUGGAGGACCAAUCCAGAAGGCUAAGGGGUCAUUCUCAGUCAAACGUGGGCGCAUUGCUCAUGGCGUUGAAGUUUAACCAAGAGCAGCACGAAGGGGAGGAAGAGGAGGAGGAGGAGGACGACGAGGAGGGAGUGAGCUGGAACAGAGAGGAGAAUGUCACGUCAGCUCGCGGUUUACGCGAAUACUACCGUGUUCCGCUGAAUAGAACGUAUAUGUGGGAGACAGAUACUGAGCUGGAGAAAAAGAUCAGCGAGUGGGUCGCUAAUUUAUCGUUGGGGGAAGACGAGGAGGCAGAGUCCUAUGUGACUAAGGAUGAGAAGGCUGCGCUGGCCGUUGAGCUAGCGGCCAUGACAGACCCAAUGGAACGAAGAGAGAGGGAAGACGAGCAAAAGUUAGCAUGGAAGUUGAGAAUGAAGAGGGAGAAGAAGAGGAGGAGAGAGGAAGUGAAUAAGAUGACCGCGGCAGUGGCAAAGGUGCAGGAGUGUAGAGUGGAGGUGCUGGCCCAACCAGAUGAUAAGGCCAAGUGGGACAAAGUACUGGGCUAUCUAGAGGUGUUGAGCAAGGCCUGGAUGGAGGAGCGCCAGGCAAGCUGGAGCCAGGAUGUAGCGUUAAGUACUAUGCGGUCCGGGUUCAAGGAUUUUGUUCGCGAAAUCGUCACCCAUAUUGGGGGUGAAGUCAAGCAAUUGAGAGACAACGUAGGGAAGUUUUGUGAGGGCGCCAUUCAGGGUGCCAAAGCUGCAGCCGCUGUAGAAGGAGAGGCCAUACCCCGUGAGGACCCAGUGAAACUUAAAUUCCUAGACACGUACGGGGGAAAGAAGGACGAGAACUUUGACAACUGGGAGGCCAGUGUCAAUAGUUACAUUUAUUUACAACAUAUCCUGAUGGAGGAGCAAGUCCUCGUGUCCUUCCAGGCCUUGAAGGACGAAGCGGCUAGCUUCGCCAGGUCUCUCGCGCGUACAGCCGGUUGUGAAAACAACCUGGUUGCGUAUUCCAAAGUCACUCCUCUUUCCCAAUUCCUCAAGCUCCUCAAGGAGCGGUUCGCUGACCCAACGCGAGGCAUUAGAGCCUCUGAUAAGCUCCAAACGAUCCACUCCCGGCAGUGGAGGAGUGCUAAGGCACUCAAGGGUACUAUGGACGACUUGGUAGCCGUCCCGGACCACGGGAUCACUGAACCCCAGCUGGUCCAGUUGUUUUAUCGUGCCAUUCCAGAGGCCCUACGUGGACAUUUCUUUGACAAAUCUCAGCAGGCCGGCAUGACUUACGAUGCAUUGAGUAGGGAAGUCGUCCUGUAUGAGUCGAAGUCUAUGCCAGUGACCACUUUCUGGCAUAAGGACUUAGAGAAGGGGAAGAAGUGGAAGAAUUGUACCAUCUCAGGCCAAGUAAAGGCCAAGGAUCACAUGAUCCUGACAUUAGAAGCAGGUGGUACCGAUGAGGUCCCAUAUGACCUGAUUGAGUGGGGCCUUGAAGAUGAUGGCAGUAGUGUGGGUAGGGGAGGUCUUACACUGCUGUCGCGGCUGGAGGGAGGCCGCAAGGAGGAGGAGGAGGCCAGGGCCAAAGGGGCCAGGCCAUGGGAGGCCGACGACCGGGCGCACAGGGGGUUGGCGGACAGGGAAACCGCCAAGCGGGAGGUAGGGGUCAAGGUCCCCCGUCAAAUCGCCAAGGUAUUCGGUCCCCACAACGAAGAGGUGGAAGGGCACCUCAAGGAGGUUGGCACCCAGGCUUGCCACAGGGCAGGCCCUGGGAAGACUUGGGUUUGGACCGACAAUUAUGGCAGGAACGCGUGAACAUGGGUCAGUGCGUAUUCUGUGGUGACCCGGCCCACGUUAUCAAAUUUUGUCCAAAGUAUAGACAG